CGGGCCGAUUUUCGCUAUGAGCUGUGACUGAUGAGAAUUAAAGGCCAUGGAUGAAGAUGGACUUGAAUUACAACCACAAGAGCCACAUUCAUUUUUUGAUCCAACAGUUUUACAGAACACUUCCCAUACAUUCCCAUUUGAUCAUCACAACAGUCCUGUGAGGUGCUACACACAUGGAUGGUGAUCAGAUUGUUGUGGAAGUACAAGAAACUGUUUUUGUUUCAGAUGUUGUGGAUUCAGACAUAACCGUGCAUAACUUCGUUCCUGAUGACCCAGACUCAGUUGUAAUCCAAGAUGUUAUUGAGGACGUUGUCAUAGAAGAUGUUCAGUGCUCAGAUAUCAUGGGUGAAGCAGAUGUAUCUGAAACAGUCAUCAUUCCAGAGCAAGUGCUGGACUCAGAUGUAACUGAAGAAGUUUCUUUAGCACACUGCACAGUCCCAGAUGAUGUUUUAGCCUCUGAUAUUACUUCAGCGUCAAUGUCUAUACCAGAACAUGUCUUGACAAGUGAAUCUAUACACGUGUCUGACGUUGGACACGUUGAACAUGUCGUUCAUGAUAGUGUAGUAGAGGCAGAAAUCGUCACUGAUCCUCUGACAACUGACGUAGUUUCAGAAGAAGUAUUGGUAGCAGAUUGUGCCUCUGAAGCAGUCAUAGAUGCCAAUGGGAUCCCUGUGGACCAGCAAGAUGAUGACAAAAGCAACUGUGAGGACUACCUUAUGAUUUCCUUGGAUGAUGCUGGGAAAAUGGAACACGAUGGUUCCUCUGGAAUGACCUUGGAUGCAGAGUCGGAAAUUGAUCCUUGUAAAGUUGAUGGCACUUGCCCCGAAGUCAUCAAGGUGUACAUUUUUAAAGCUGACCCUGGAGAGGAUGACUUAGGUGGCACCGUAGACAUUGUCGAGAGUGAGCCUGAGAAUGAUCAUGGAGUUGAACUACUUGAUCAGACUAACAGUAUUCGUGUACCAAGGGAGAAGAUGGUUUAUAUGACUGUCAAUGACUCUCAGCAAGAAGAUGAAGAUUUAAAUGUUGCUGAAAUUGCUGAUGAAGUUUAUAUGGAAGUGAUUGUAGGAGAAGAAGAUGCUGCCGCCGCCGCCGCCGCGGCCGCCGCACAUGAACAACAAAUCGAUGACAAUGAAAUCAAAACCUUCAUGCCAAUAGCGUGGGCAGCAGCUUAUGGUAAUAAUUCUGAUGGAAUUGAAAACCGGAAUGGCACUGCAAGUGCCCUCUUGCACAUAGAUGAGUCUGCUGGGCUCGGCAGACUGGCUAAACAAAAACCAAAGAAAAGGAGAAGACCUGAUUCCAGGCAGUACCAAACAGCAAUAAUUAUUGGCCCUGAUGGACAUCCCUUGACUGUCUAUCCUUGCAUGAUUUGUGGGAAAAAGUUUAAGUCAAGAGGCUUUUUGAAAAGGCACAUGAAAAACCAUCCUGAACACCUUACCAAGAAGAAGUACCGCUGUACUGACUGUGAUUACACUACCAACAAGAAGAUAAGUUUACACAAUCAUCUGGAGAGCCACAAGCUGACCAGCAAGGCAGAGAAGGCCAUUGAAUGCGAUGAGUGUGGGAAGCAUUUCUCUCAUGCUGGGGCUUUGUUUACUCACAAAAUGGUGCAUAAGGAAAAAGGAGCCAACAAAAUGCACAAGUGUAAAUUUUGUGAAUACGAGACAGCUGAACAAGGGUUACUGAAUCGCCACCUUUUGGCAGUCCACAGCAAGAACUUUCCUCAUAUUUGCGUAGAGUGCGGUAAAGGUUUUCGCCACCCAUCAGAGCUCAAAAAGCACAUGCGGAUCCAUACUGGGGAGAAGCCGUACCAAUGCCAGUACUGCGAAUAUAGAUCUGCAGACUCUUCUAACUUGAAAACGCAUGUAAAAACGAAGCAUAGUAAAGAGAUGCCGUUCAAGUGUGACAUUUGUCUUCUGACGUUCUCAGAUACCAAAGAGGUGCAGCAACAUGCUCUUAUUCACCAAGAAAGCAAAACACACCAGUGUUUGCAUUGUGACCACAAGAGUUCGAACUCAAGUGAUUUGAAACGACACAUAAUUUCAGUUCACACGAAGGACUACCCCCAUAAGUGUGACAUGUGUGAGAAAGGCUUUCACAGGCCUUCAGAACUCAAGAAACACGUGGCUGCCCACAAGGGUAAAAAAAUGCACCAGUGUAGACAUUGUGACUUUAAGAUCGCAGACCCAUUUGUUCUAAGUCGCCAUAUUCUUUCGGUUCACACGAAAGAUCUUCCAUUUAGGUGUAAGAGAUGUAGAAAGGGAUUUAGGCAACAGAAUGAGCUUAAAAAGCACAUGAAGACACACAGUGGCAGGAAAGUAUAUCAGUGUGAGUACUGUGAGUAUAGCACUACAGACGCCUCAGGCUUUAAGCGGCAUGUUAUUUCCAUUCAUACAAAAGACUAUCCUCACCGAUGUGAGUACUGCAAGAAAGGGUUCCGAAGACCUUCAGAAAAGAACCAGCACAUAAUGCGGCAUCAUAAAGAAGUCGGCCUGCCCUAACAGUACUUCUAGAGACGUUUGUAGAGACGUUGGCCUUGAAGCAGAAAAUUCAUUUUAAAGCCAGUCUCGUUCACAUAUAAUACUGUAUAUUGAUUUAUGCUGUGUACAAAUGGAAUUGUUGCUUCUAGUUGACUUUUUUUUUUUUUUUUUUACAUUUUGUUCAGUAGCGUGUUCUGAUUUCUAUUCAGUUUGUUUAAUCAAUAGGGAAAAGCAGCAACAAGCAAGUUGCUUUUAACAAAGUAAUCCCUGAUUCUAUACUGAAGUUUUCUAUCUUAGAAGUUUUAUAUUUAUUUAAAUAUUUACCUUGCUUACCUUGAUGGUACUCUUCUAAGACCAUUUAACUUAAAGUUAAGGUAACUUUAGAUUGGUUACUCUGAAAGUAAUCACACUGACUCAUUUCCUCCUCCCCUCAUAAAUUUCUCACAAUAAAAUUGUCAGAGACAUCUACUAACAUACAUGGGAGAUCUUACAGUUAAGUCUAACUAUGAUAACAUGAAAGUCACUUACUUGUCUUGCUUAAUCUUUUCAGACCACAUGACAAUGAAAGUUUCCAUUUGAGCUUUUGCAUCCCUGGCAUUGCUGAGUAAAGAACAGUGGCUGGGUUUGUGUUUGCUUUUCAUUUUGUUUAGCAGACGAAAUAUACUUUUGAGGGGCUUUCUUUGGAGUAUUUACAUCUUUGUCGGCAUAGCAAUCUUUUAGUGAACUUCAUUGAGAAAUUUUGCUUGAUCCUGUUGUAUUUUGAUUAUUCUGUCUGUGCUGCUUUGUCUUGGAAUGGUUGUGUGCUACCAAUGAGACUUAUUGAGGACUGCAUUUUGGAAUCUCCUAGAGGUAAUUCACGGCUUAUAGGAUCUUUUGCAACUUUAUAUAUGUAAAUGUACUCUGAAUUAUAUAUAUGCAUAUAUAUAUAUAUAUAACACGUAUCUGUGUGUAUUGCUUAUUUUACAUAUUUAUACACACAACCCCAAGUAGUAGUUGUUUAAAAUCUAUAAUGAGAAAAGUAUUAAAUUUACAAUAACAUGAAAGAUGCAGGGAUGUAUGAGAGCAUUUUGUAAAUCAUGCUCUUCAGAGAGACUACUCAGGUGAAGAAUUAGAAGGAAAAUAAGGACACUAGUAUUUUUAAAGAGUAAAGGUAUUUUCUUUUAAAUAUCUUUGGUAAUUGAAAAGUAGAAGUUAAGAUGUUUCUAGAUAGAAUGUUUUCAUACAACUUCAGCUCCAUGCCUUUAUAUUUUUCUGAAAAGCUAAUGAGUAUCCAGACAUACCUCCCUCGGUUCUCUCCGAGAAGCCCAUGAGGGAACUCUAUGUCACCAAGUGAGGGGGGACUAUGGAAGCUACUACUAUGGCUCCAUCUACCAGAGAUUGGGUGCUAAUUAUGAUUUAUACUCGGCAAGUUCAGCCUGCUUUGUUAUUUCUUAGUUACAGUUAGCAAACUUUAAAAUACUUAACACUCAAGUUGGCUUUGAUUAGAAGAUAAAGGUAUGUUUUAAGUGCAUGAGGAAAAUCUGAGGCCUUAUUGGGAACAUCACCAAGUCUUUCAGUUUUGUUUUCCUUAUAGAGUUGAUAUUUUUUAACAAAUGGUUCUGAAUCAGUCACAAAUUCAUAAAAUGAGCUCAGAAUUUGGUUACGUUAAGAUGAAUUUUGGAGAACAAGCCAGUUUUGGGGUCCUUAAGUUGGCUGUUGGCACAUGAGUAUCUGGCACAUUGUGGGAGAUUUAGGACUUUUCUUCCCACUUGAUAGCUGCCUUGCCACUUCAUUAUGGUGCUCCAUCCCCUUUGUGCUUUUAGGUUUUUACCUUUCAUCUUUCUUUUUGCUGUCGAUAUUUGUAUUCAAGAGUUUAUAGGGUUAGAGAUCUAAAUAUUUGGUGUUUGGCAAGCCUCUGAAGUGCUAGAUUGAUUUAGUUCAGUUCUAAAUCAAGUACUUUAGGCUAAUAUGAAUUUGAACCUGAAUACCAGUCAAAACCAAGGCAUGGGCCUAUCCCUGUGGGAACUCCUGUGCCCUCUUGGCCUCCAUAACGUGCUUUUUUUAAAAAAGUAACUUAACGUUGUGUGAUUCAUUGCCCCGCAGUACUAUUCUUGAAAGCUCUGUCUUUUUUUGUGAGAACCUUUAAAAUCUCUCUCAUUUUUUAUUUUUCCCAGAGAUAAUGUAAAACAUUUAAAUGAAAGUGGGAAUUUAUUAAUUUUAAAACAUCCUGUAAAAUUUGAAAAUUAAAUAAUUGGUCAUUUAACUAUAUUUUUUUAAAUAAACUGAAAGAUAAAGAACACAACAUUUUACACACUUUAUAUUUCUCUUACAUAGUCUGGAAUCAUACACAGUUCUUUUCUUUUUAAAGCACAAUAUUGAAACCUUUAAAAGGUAUUUAAGGGUUUGGUCAAGUGAAUAUGAUAAAAUGUAUUUGUCUGUAUAAAGAGAAAAUCAAAUUGUAGUCACUGUUAUGUACUGACAUUAGUUACAACCUAGUUUUAAUUCUUAAAACAAUUUUGAUUAGCAAAGCUAAAAAAAUGGAUGUUUCAGUUAAAUGUUUUAAAGAGGUACAGAUUUUUACAAGGACAUAAUAUAAGUUAUUGUUCUGUAGAAAUAUCCUAUUAAAUAUUGUAUGUCCCUCCUUCUGUACACUUUGUAAAAAAAGUAAAAUACAUAAAAAGAAAAUCAUAUAGGGAUGUGUGACAUUAUUGUAAUUGUGUACUUGAGAAUAACGUGCAAAAAUAAAAAUCAGAAUAUUUUCCUGUUAAUGAAUGUUUAGUCUAUUUGAUACCAGUACUAAGUUAAUGCUUUUUCUUAAGAAAAAUGUACAGUUUUUGUAAACCUAAUAAACAUCAAAAGCAGCUGA